CUUUUUGCCAUUUUUUCUGGUGGAGCUAUUUUGUUAACUACUUAUUAGGGAACAAGAAUCAUAUAAAUAAAAUCAUUGAUGGAAGAGAACGUGUUGACACCCAUCCUCACUUGAGGAAUCUAUUACGUCAAAUCAUGGACCUUUUAGCGCCAUUGAGAGCAUGCAAGAAAUUGAUAUUUUACCAGUGCCUGCCUCAUGCUGCAACACUAGUCACUGGCACCAUCAUUUGUCCCAUAGGUGACAAAAAGGUUAAGCUUUGCUUGAAAGAAAACAACAAGACCGAAUCCUCAGUCUUCGUUGAACUUCCCCUUAGCACUUCAGAAUUCACCAGUUCAAUCGACAGCAGCGUUCUCCGCAUAGUCCUGGACCCUGUCCCAGAUUCAGGCAUCACACAAAGAUGGCAGACGUAUUGCAAUGGACAAAAGGUAGGGUUUGCCAGGAGGCUAGUAGUUGGGAAGGAGGAGAAAUGGGUGCUUGAAACAAUGCAGAUGGUCUCAUCCGGAGCCGGGUUUUUGCUGCAGAAAGGUUCAGAUGCCGGCAGUUUCAAGUACUUGAGAGGCCAGUUCGAGCGUAUAGUGGGUUCAGAUGAUUCAGAGGCUUACCAUUUGGUAGAUCCUUCGUAUUGGUUCGGACAAGAUUUGAGCGUUUUCUUUCUCAGUCAGUAGCAGUAUUUUUUUUUUCUUUUUAGUUGAUUUGAUUGCUCAAAUUACAAAAGGGGACUAGUUUGUGAAAUGGACAACAUCUUAGUUAACAAUUUGGGAGGAAUCCAUGACAGAAUCCACAGUUUAUCUGAAAGCUUAAACCAAAACUAUAUACAAACCUCAAUGCACACCAAUGAUUAUGUUACAAAUGAUGCCUCAUUGUCAUAUCUAAAUGUUUCCUUUUCCAUUUCUACUUUUAUACAAGUUAAAAUGUGAAACCUUAAAAAUAGAAAUGCUUGUAAAAUGCAUCAUGCACGAUGCAUACAGGCAAUCAUCUUACUAAUUCUUUAGAUAUUAGAUACCUGAAGGUAAAAUUAUGAGGAAUCCAUUCAAUGCCCUUGUGGGAUUUCCCUUGUUCACAUUUUCUGAUACUGCGAUGAAGUGAUUCGGGCAAUGAUUGUUGGACCAUUUU